GUUUCUUUUUUUUUUUCACUCAUUUCGUAAAUUGAUGAGUAAAAGAAAUUAAGCAAAGGGUAAAAUGACAAUAAACGUUAUAUUUCGAGAUCCAACGAACAUUAUCGUAAGAGAUAAUGUGGUAUGAAUGUGCAGGUGCCUUUCUACACGCCUUAUCCCUCUUUCGACGUACGCUCUAUCAUCUGAUUAGAUAAAGAGGGCUUGGUGCUGGGUCAAAAGAAUCUAACGCGAUGUGAAACUCAUUUUGUUCACCUGUUUUACAUCGUCGAGUAUUCGCGUGCAAGAAAAUCAUGGUGUCUCUGGAGACUAUCGCGAGUAUAGUGAUCAAAGUUCUGAAGCUGGUAAUUAAUCUCAUAAUCCUGAUCCUGUACCGAACAGGAUACAAGGAUGGAGAGUUUCUGGGUGUCGGUGGCACGUGGAAUUUGAACGAAGAUAAAAAUCCAGAUGCAGAAAUCGUGGCUUCUGGUGUUCUAGUGGGCUUCUUCAUAUACACCAGUGUUGUACUCAUCACUUACUGUUUUGGGAGCACCAAUCACAAAAAGACCCUUGUUGAAAUCCUGAUGAAUUUUGUUGGGACCUUCAUGUUCAUCGCAGUAGGAGGAACAGCCCUCCAUUACUGGAACGGUUAUCAACCAGAAAACAAGUACGACACGGUUGUCCAAGAACGACAGGUUGGCUUAGCUGUUGGAUCCCUCUGCGUCAUCGAAGGCUCCGCGUACCUCGUUGAUUUAAUACUUAGUUUUCUACAUUUUGCGAAAAAUCGAGAUGAAAUGUUCGACUAAAUUUGAUGUAUAUAAAAUUGUUCAUUGUAUCAUCAUAGAGCAAUCUUCACGAAGAGCAAGAAUAAUCAGAACCUUUCUUAGAGUGGAAUUAGAACAUUCAUACAACAUGUUUUUUAGGUAUUAAGUUUUUGGAAUUAGUUUUAGGUUAAGUUUAGGAAGACAGGUUCAUUUUGAAAUUAAAAAGAGAGGUUCGUUUUUAAUGUAAAUUUGAAAA